AUGACUGGUACCGCUCUGGGAGGAGCCUUAGGUGAUGCCAUUGGGCUAUUUACAGAAUUCUUAUCGCGCUCAUACGCUAUUGAGCUCUAUGGUCCCACCCCAAGCUUCUCGCUCCAAUCACCAUUACCAGAGCCCCACUCACCGUCGUUGGUUGGAAUCAAGCCCGACAGGCAUAGGUCUAUGUUUGAACCUUCCGGGUGGACCGAUGAUACCGAUCACUCCAUUUUAAUACUGCUCUCAUUUUUGGCGAGCAACGGAACUUGCCUAGACCCUCACGACUUCGCUCUUCGUCUUAAAUUCUGGGUAGCAAAUGGCUUGCGGUGUUUGGAUCGCCUUCCGCUCGGCCUAGGAAGAACUGUGGGGAACGUAGUACGGGAUAAAGAUUUUGAAAAAGAUCCUGUAGGAACGGCAGUCAAGUUGAGCGAGAAACGGAGCCAAAGACAAAAAUCUGACGAGUUGGUGUGUAGAUACUGGGAAGGAACCAACCGAUAUGUUGCUGCCAAUGGCGCUCUGAUGAGAACGGCUAUCAUCGGUGCACUCCUUUUCCAGGACUCAGAUGGAACAAACGGUGUGGAUCGGGCCAUGAAUGGUGCGCUACAACUUGCAGCCACAACACACCCAGACCCAAGGUGCUUGGUGUCGUGUACAAUAGUCACCGGCCUAGUAGCAGCUAUAAUGCGCAACGAAAUUCACUCCCUCCAAGACUUCGACCGCAUUGUUCAACAAAGCACUGAUUUUGUUCAGAACUAUAAAGAUCACCCACUUAAACCUGGCGCAUAUGCUCCGGAGCGUCUGAGUGAAGAUCAACUUAAUGACCUUCGUAAGCACAUAUACGCAGGGAGCUUGGAUGAACUGGAAUUAGAUAGUCGUCAACAUAUUGGAUACACUUUUAAAUGCCUUGGAGCUGGAACUUGGGCAUUGCGCAAAGUCCUGAACACUCCCGAAUCGAACAAAUCUGGAAUAUUCGAGCGGUGCAUUACUGAAAUCACCAUGCAAGGUGGCGACGCCGAUACAAACGCGACCGUAGCAGGUUCUCUCUUGGGUGCAUAUCUCACCGAUACUGGGCUCCCUGACCACUGGGUUCGUCAUCUUCGUCAUGCUCCUUGGCUUGCAGAAAAGAUGCAGUGUGCUGGGUCGUUGCUCGGAUUUGGAGGAGAUUAUGACCCCAGUAGCGACCCGGAUGUGCUCAUCGAUGGAGGAAAGGGCGCGUUCACACCCGAGGAGCUGAACCGUCGGUAUGACGAACUCAUGUGUGAGGUUGGAAAAAGGGUCAAUGAUGGACUUCCCCUGCCGGGCUCUCAUGGGUCAGGUAGUAAAGGAGGGAAGAGCGAGAAGGACGGGUGCAUUAUGUGUUAA